AUGGAGUACAAGGGGCAAUAUUUAAAUCGCGUCGAACCGAAUUUCCUGCAAGAGGAUAUACUGAAUCUCUUGAAGAUAUUAAAAUCUGAAUUAACAUAUGAAUAUGUAAUAGUUUGGAGCAAAAUGCAGUCGGUUAAGUUCAUCAAAGAAGAAGGUUGCUUAUUUGACAGCUUAAUUGGAAGUAUAUCUGAUGAACCGUUUAUGGUUCUGGGCAGCGCGUUUAUUAACAACGACAACUUGGCCAGUGACAAACUUUCUAAGACAGCCCUCAUGUUGAGUUGUUGGGAUCAAGGCGUUGACGCGACUCGCACUAAGCUGAUUGAAGUUUUAGUUGGUCAUUUGAUUUGGGCUCGAAACGAAAUAGAAAUCAGCGAUAUUUGUAAAUAUUUUAAAGAUGAUAUCAAAUUUAAUGAGUUCAUUGUGGAAAAGAAUUCAAUCAAGCUACAAAUUGUCUAUACCUGCAACAUGGGUGAUCCAGAGAAAUUAAACUUCACAACACUAGUAGGUUCGAAUAGUUUGGAAAGUAUAUAUAUGAGAGGAUCAAAAAUAGUGACGGAAUCUGAUCAAUUGCCGCCACGCAGCAUAGUAUAUCGGGAUAAUGCAGGCAAUUUGCGAAUGGAUGGCUAUGUGGCCAAUUGUGUCACUACAUUUGCUGAAAGGUAUCACGCCACAUUGGUUAUCACUCCGCCUAUGCAAGUGGGUCAAGCGGUGUUUUACGAUAUGUUGUUGAAUAAAACUUCCCAAGGGCUGAUUGAUAUUCCGGCCAUUGUGACGCCGUUUAAAGGUGAUUCCUAUCGUUUAAAGAACAUUUACUACUCCUACCCCCUGGAGAUAAUGGAUCUUUGCUACAUGAUUCCCUUGCCGCGUCUCAUUGAAAACAAACAAGUUUUUACGUACAUUAUUGACACUUACGUUAUGAUUGUCAUCACCGGUCUCUUCGUUGUCUAUGGCAUACUCUUGACCAUCGGUACACAAAAAUCGGCCAGGCAUCUUUCAUUGUCUAGUGUUCUACUGAAUGAUAAGAGCAUACGGAUUCUUCUGGGUCAGUCGUUUGUAAUGCCAACAAGACCGUGUCUUUUUAUGAAGUAUGUCUGCUUCCUUUUGUGCUAUACUAGCCUUAUCAUCUCCACGACAUAUCAGGCGUAUUUGCAAUCGCAUCUUAUACACCCGGCCUACGAAAAACGAAUAGAAACUUAUGACGAUAUGAGAAAGGCCGGGUUGAAAAUUUUAACUUCAACACAGGAAUCGGAUUUUAUGGAAUCCUCAGUGUAUAACGCAAAUGAAGACCUUUUUAUCCCGCAGGACCCGUAUGAUCAAUUCUUGAAACUACGCGCUACCAUGGACACUCGUUAUGUUUAUCCUGUCUCUAAUUCCAGGUGGGAGGUCUUUAAGCAACAACAGCGACUGUUUCAAAAGGCGUUGUUUUAUUUCUCCCCAAAUUUGUGUUUAAAGAAGCAGGCACUGUUGGCGGUUCCUAUUCCACAGAACAAGCCCUACAAAGCGUUAUUCAACAAGCACAUAUUGGAAUUGUGGGAAUUGGGUUUAAUGCAGCAUUGGAUCCAAAUUAAUUUCUAUACAAUGGUCCUGCGCAAUUAUACAACAUUCGAAGAUUUAAGUACACCGGAGGAGAUUGGAGAUGCCAUUGAAUUGUACGAUUUUAUAUGGGUGUGGACAUUUUUCGGAGGGUUCCUGCUCUUGUCAUCUUUAGUAUUUCUGGGUGAACUGCUUGUCUACUUCAUAUUUUCAACUAAGUAUAAAUUUUUAAAAUGA